GUUACAGCCUGCCUGCUUGUUGAUGCACAAACGGUGAGGAAUGGAAUCAAAAAGCAAGAAUAAAAUCCAGCAUAUCAACACAAACUCUGACAGUUUGAAAAAAUUCACGAUACCUAGGAAAAGGACCACUGACUCAGCCUAUUUAGAAAUCUGUCGUACAGAUUGGCGUGAAUAUAGUUUCAUUCAAUCAACUUUAGAGGGAUCAAAACUUGACAGCAGUUACCAAUUGAACCUCCUCUGGAACUUCGGCGAUGUUAAACUCAUACACAAUGUGAAAAUUGAGCAGCGAUUUGCAGCGAAGAGAUCAGAGAUGCGACAGGAAGGAAGACGAGGGAAAGAAAUGGAAGAAAUUACAUUCUUCUUCGUGACAUCCCAGAAGUCAGCUUUAAAAUUGUACCAGGAUGGAUUGAGCAUUAAUUCUUCUGACAUAAAUGCACUGGGAAAUCCAGCUUAUGGUGUAUAUCUUCAUCGACACAUUGAUGUUCUCCUGAACUACCAUAAGCUAAACAACCUGGCUGCAGAAACUGUUCUGUUUUUUAAGGUGUUGUUAGGAAGAGUGAGGACAAUUCCACCACGUAAGGUCAUGGAUAAGACUGAUAUCAAACCUACAGCAAAAUUUGAUUGUCAUAUAUCCCAAAUUCCAGCCAGCUUGAAGGACCCAAUUAAUAUUCAGGCUAUCAACUCUGCGGUUUACUUGUACGAGUUCAAUGAAUUGUGUGAAACGAUGGAAUAUCCAAGGCAUUGCUUGCCUUACGCUCUUGUUACAGUGAAAUUCAUGGGUCAAGACAUGAAAUCUGCUGAGGUGCCUUACAGGCACAGAUUUGCUGCAUUGCCUGAAUUGCCCAGAUUGAAGAGCUGCACUGUCGCCAAAAGACUUGGCAAAGGAAAAAAUGCUAAAGUUGUGUACAAGAAAGUUUUCGAAAAGAUGAAUCCACCUGCUUCUCCAAGUAACAGUCUUGGCAACAUAGUUACUUCACGUGCGAGCCAGGAUCCAAGGCUAGUGAAGAGGGGUAGUUAUGUGGAGAGUGGAAAGAAACAUUUAUUCCCUGAAACAAUGUCAUUGUCUGCAAAACAACUGAAAGAUAUUAACACCUUAAUAAGGACCAUUUGCUUUUUGAAUGCUUAUUCCUCCCUGCUUCCGCAGCAGCGGUAUGUGAAUGAAGCCGAGCAGCCAGUGCUGAACAGAGCCGAGGAAGAUGAAGCACAGAGUCAUGACUUGAAGAAUGGAGCAGAAGACCGUAAAAACUUGGAGCCUUUGGAAAUGUCGGUGUUGGUCAUGACAUCAGCCAGUGGUGGAUCCCAGAGCACCACGGACAGUGCUGCAAUAAUUUCUGAAGCUAAUAUUUGUCAUGAAUUUAAGCCAGUAGAAAAAGAAAAUGCCCUUUCCUCAUUGACAGAGUUAGACAUGAAAAAGGACUCAGACACACAAAAAAGUACAUUUCCUUCCAGGUUAAAUGCCGCUGAACUUUCUGGGCAGCCCUACUUUGAAGAUUUAAACUUAUAUGAAAGCGAGGUGAAGAAAAAAUUGAGGAAGUAUUCUGCCUUUCUGGUGUUACCUGAUAAGGAGAGACUUUCAAGGAUCAAUUCACUACAGAUGCUUAAUCAGGGGGAUAAAUGGACCUUCUACUGCAGAUUAAAAUUAUAUGAGAAGUACUAUGAAAGAUAUAGAAAUGAACUUGGACUUUGUGCAUGCAGCAAUGCUGUUCCAUCCAAAGCCAAUGACAGCCAUUCUCUGUGUAACUCUGACGGUUCCUCAGCACAAGAUGCAAAGCCAGGCUCAUGUGCAUUGUCGCAUUUGGACAUUUCUUGCGGAUGCAGCACUGACUUGGUCACUGCCUGCAGACUCUCGGAGUCUAAGGGGCUUGGACAACGUGCAAUCACAUUGCCUGAUGUAAAAGUGAAGGAAAAGCAGUCAGUGGGAGGUCCUCAGACCAUUAUGACAGCAACGGACCAUGUCUUACAUGAUGGGAAUGAGCUUGGCUGUGGCCUAUUAUACAAUACAGAAGCUGUAAUCACAGAACAGUCUGGUGCUGAAGAUAUUCCUGGAAUGAGCCAUGUGGCUGAUGUGUUACAGAGAUCCGUUGAUAGUGGAAAGACAAGGGUGACUCAAGAUGUGUCAGCCAUUACCAUAUGUCAGCCGCAGGCAUCAUCUCCUUCUGUCGCUUGCAAUUAUGGGGGAGAUGAACAGUUCAGCUUCCUCAGUGACAUUCACCAUCCAGAUGAUUGGAGUAUAACAAAUGUAGAGAUUUCAGAUAGUUGUGAAACGGCUGACAUAUCCAAAGUAAAGGUAAACAUUGGGAUAAGUGAUAAAAGCAGAAUGAUAGGACAAAUACAGAGCUCUUUGGAAAAUGGAGGAACUGGCAACACUGAAGAAAGGUCAGUUCCUGAUACUCAUCUCAAAGAAGUGCAGACAUCGGUUACUUCAGUUAAGUACAUUGAAAAAGCUUAUGGAAAAUCAUCAAACACGGACCCUUUGCUCAUUUUCUUAGGAGCGCGGAUUGAUUGGGAGAAGUUGUUUGAAACAUCCAGAGAGGAUGAAUUGCAAAUAAACGUAGACUCAGGCACAGCCAGAAAAAUGGACAAUGAUGGACAGCAUGUUCCACUACCAUCUGUAACUGAAGCUAGUCAAUUGGUUCCUCAUUGUUCAGAGGCUCCAGGUGGUGAAGAUAAUAAAAUCCAGUCGAACUCUGUGCCCAUCAGUGAAAGUUUACCAGUCUUAAGCAGUCAAAUAGCAAUUGCCAGUCUGCAAAUGACCUUAAGCAGUGGUCUUAAUGCAUCGUCUGAUUCACACCCUGAUCUAACAGGGUUAACUGAUCAUAUUGCUAAUCAUCCAGGCAUCUCUGAAGCAUCUCACAGACUGAUGAGAACCAUCAGUGAAAGGCAAAGUGAGAGCUGCCUGAAAACAGCUGAGAAAGCCUGCAAUAUGGUUUUCCAUGGAUUACUUAGUAAGCCUGUAUCAAUGCUUGUAAACUUAGGAUUUCGAGAGACGUCACAGACAGACAUCAAAGAGUUAAGUACAGAAGGUGAAGCAUGUGAUCUUAUAUCUAAAAAUGGUUUGCAUUGUUCUUCAAACAAAACAACAUUAAGCUGCCCUGAUCCACAGAUAACCAAAAAUUGUAGGCAAACAAAUUUGUUUUGUGCUUCGCCAAGGGAUAUUCAGCCUUCUAUGAGUGGACAUGAAGGCAGUCCAAAUAAUUGUGAUUGCAACAUGGCAACUAAGUGUGUUGAAAAACUGGCAGAUAUCCAAUCUGAAAUGGCAGAGGUAAAGAGUUCAAGUGACUCCCAUGAUACCAAGAGAAUUCACAUAGGUAGUCAUACUAAGUCAAAGAGGGAUAACCCAAGAUUAGCUGACAGCCUUUCUGAAGAAUCAGUGUUGAGGAAAAGGAGUAGGAAAAUGUCUGCAUCAAAGCCACAUGGGAAAGAUGUGGAGAAGUUGAACCACCAUUCUAAGAAACAACAUAACUUGAAAAAGAAUUCCAAAGUUACCUCAAAAUGUGGUAUUGCAUUAAACUUUAAGCAUAUGAGUCAGGAACUUUGUAUGAGCAGAAAGAGCACUGACGAAGAUAAUGGAGUGUCUGUUCAACAAGAGAUUGCUUCCCCAACAGACAGAGAGCACAAACCUAUUAAGGAAGACAAUCAGGGUCAGUUUUCUGAUAAAACCAAAGGUAUAUCAUAUUGUGAUAAAAAUGUUAAAACGUUAAGAGAAAAUAAUCACCUAGAAAGCAAAGCUGUGGCUCUGUUUCAACCUAAAUGGUCUACCAAGUCUAUGUCACAAGUGCACAUGUCUUGCACAGAUGAUGAUAAAAGGGAUUUCAGAGGGGCAGGCAGUUCCACUGAUAACCUCUAUUCUCUGUAUAACGAUCGUGUUCAUGCUUUCAACAGUUGUCAAAAAAAGAUUGCCCAUGCAGUAUCUGUUCUGUCAAGCGAAGCCUCCUUUAGCAAAAGCAGCAGACUGUCAAAGCUCCUUAGCCGUGCUGUGAGGGACUUAAAUAAAGCCUUUAAGAAGGUUGAUAAGUCUUCAGAAAUUGUAAGAAGAAUUGGUGUGAAUUUGAACCAAAAUUUACUGCCAAAAUCCUAUCAAACUAACUGCAAUAAUUUUUGGGAAUGUUAUGAUAUGUAUUUCCGGCGACAUCGUAAAGAACACCGGAAGCGGUUUAUUUGGAAAACUGAGACAAGGGAUAAUGGGGUCACCAGCGAAGAGCAACCGAAGAGUUUAGUAUCUGAACUGAAGCAGUUGUGUAAAAGAAGGCUAUGUGCAAAAGGCAAGAAAAGUGAGUGGACCGCAACAAGCAACGUAAAGCCUGCUUCAAUAGCAAGCUUAGUAGUAAAUCCACGGGUGUGCUUAAAAUGCAUGCAAAAUAUACACUACCCCUGGACUAUUGUUACACUAAACAAGCAUGUGCAAAUCACACAACAAAGAUUAAGUCAUAGAGUGCUUCACAAAUCCAAGAAAACGCAUCUCCCCAGUGACUUAUGUGUCCAGACUGCACAGACUGGAGCUGGAUCCACUUCAGCAGAUCCUCAAGAUGUUUGCUGCCUGAUGAGUGCUGAAGAAAUGGGAGUCUCAGCCGAUCCCAAGCCAUUGGAAUCCUCAACUACCUCUACCCUUGCAAAAUCCCAAAUUAAAUUAGAUGUUGACUCCAAAGAGGGUCGAAUGUACGUUUGGGGGAACACAGACUUGGUAACAGUAUUGGAAUUUCCCUUUGGUUCCCCAGUGGUAGAAGUUUGUUUUGACUCUCAAAUGGGAAAACGUUUAAACAAACCUCAAGAAUUGGAAGUACCUUCUGAAACCCAAUCAUUGAAGCACUUGGAUUCAAGGCAUCCAAUAAAAUCCUCUGAACUGACAGAGACACGAAGUAAUUUACAGCCCCAGAGUGAAUAUGAAUCAAGAACAACAUUAGGCAAGAACCAGGGAGCCUACUGCAAAUCCAGUGGUUCAGAACUGAAUUCUCCCUGUGGUUGUCAAAAUUUGGACUGUCCCCUUCCUAUUAAGAUGCCCAAAUCCUCUGCUGAGUUUGAUGCAUCACAACACCUACUCCAUCCCCAACCAGUGGAAUUCCAAACUAGAUCGUUCGAGAAACCCUUCCUUGUUGACGCUGUGCCACAGUGUUUCAAAGCCAAAUUCCCUGUUAUACCUAUUUCCACAGGAUCAAAAUUGCCAUAUCUCACAGACUCACAGCAGACCAGAGAGAACUCAUAUAUUGUGGCGUCUGACAUGGAGCCAGAAACAGCCAAACCUCGUGUGAAAUUAAACACAACUGAACUGCAAGCAGGAACUCCACACAGUAACUCCCAAUUUGAAUUCAAUAUGACAAGCCAAGUAGCAGGAUCUUGGAUUGAUCCUAUAAUCACGGGAAAUGGGGCAGAGAUGGGAUGUCCCACUGCGGUUCAGGUUGGCAAGUCUCCUGCAGUUUACCAAGCAGAGCAGUGCACCAAUGAUCUCCAAAUGGUGGGAACCCAAACCGAACCCGGGGCGGUAGUGCUGCAGGAGGGACCCAGCAUGGUGAAAUUCCAAAAUUAUUCCUUUGUCAGACUUAGAAAUGAGGAUUUAACAGAAAUGAAGGAGGAGGAAGCGAAAACUGCAUCUGAGAAUGGGUGUGGAGUGGUAAAGAUCAGAAUGCCUGGCAUCAGUCACAAGGCAGGCAGGGCAGAAGCACAAAGUUGGGCCCAUAAAAUCAGACACUCACCAAGUACAAAGGAAACCCAGCAAGCUGGUAUUCUUGUAGCCAAGAUAUCUGAGAUUCUGUAUCAAGCUGACAGCACGUCACUGCUACAGAGCUUAGAAAAGUUGAAAGUGAAGUGUGAGAGAAUGCUGCCUGCAUUCAUCUUGGCGUUUGAGCAGUCACAGGGUGUGUCCUUUGCAGAGACCAUUAUUUGCAGAAACUGGUUGCUGCGAAAUGGCUUGCACAGCGCUGCGAGCGUAGUGUGCUUAAAACCCAGUGCCCUGGAGCCAUACGUGGAGCUGCAGAUGAUGAUGGAAACAGUGUGGUUCUUGAAAAACAAGAUCAGCUUCUUGCGAGGCGGCCUGACGUUGCGAAGCCUGCUAUGGUAUGAUGAGACCUUGUAUGGAGAAUUGCUGACCAAGAAGAUGGGUUAUCAGCAGCAGUCUAGCCUGUACCCUUCUUUCCAAGAGAGAAUAGCAAGUGGCUGUUUGCAGGCACUAAGUGACUACCAGACGCAGAUACUGAAAUCCUGCCUGACAGAAACAAUGCGGCAAAAUGCCUAUUAUGUCUACCUGAAGCACAGACGGGAAUUGGAUGAAUGCUCGUCAGUAAAACAAAACCUCUCAGACUGCUCCUGCUUCUGCCUGUCUGUCCCAAUCACGUGCAGUAUUAACUAUGGGGCCAGUCUGGAAGACUUGUCAACACUGCACAAAAAUGUGAGGGCAUUGAUAAGCAGACUUGCCAGCCUACCCAAAGGCCAGCACGAUAUGGCCAAGUUGCUGCAUUUAUGGGUCAUUGUUGACUUUGUAAAGGGGAAAACGCGGUACAUCCAUGAGAACUCGGUGCCUAAUGAAGAGCUCAGGUGGUUUGGGCUGGAGCAUCUUCAGUUCAAUGUAGCCAAAACGCUAGUUUGGCAGAUGAGGGGAGAACGCAAGUUACGGGGUGGCAAUAAGGACUGGAGUCAGACAGGCAAUACAACAAAGCAAGUCUCAGAGUUAAACAGAGAGGCACUGGACUUGUACAAUAGCUAUAGCAAUAUAGGAAGGAUACCCCUGAAUGGCAAAGAGCAAAUGGGCGUCACCCAAGUGGCUGACAAACCACCCAGGACACUGGGUACAAUAUCUUUCCACUCAGUAGAGGAUAUCCUCCCAGAGCACCCAGAGUAUGGACUGAACGAUUGCCUCCAGAGUUGCUUCCAACUUCCUUCGGAGCAGUUUGAUUCUGUUGGAAGAAUCCUGGAGCAUUUCCAGGGGGCUCAGCAGGCAGAAUUGGACCAGCUCCUUGUCAAGUGCGAAUGUCAUGUGGAGUCUUUGAAGAAACUUUUCCAAGUGCUCCAGGAAGUCGAGACUGAAAAUGCCCUGGUGACAGAAGCCAAUGUUUUUGACCCAUUUGCUGCCCAGGACACCAGCCCUAUUCUCCUGAACUCUAAAGCCGCUGAAAUCUACAUCGAGCUACUCAUGAUGUUCGAAACAGCUCAGUACCUAAAGAAUCUGAUAGCUCAUCGUGCAAGCAGGCCAACAUACAGAGGAAUGCUGUGGUUUGACUCCUCCUUGCUUCCUGAACUUCUUCACAUUCAACAGUACAACUCGAAUUUCUCAAACUGCCGCAAAGAAUAUCUGCAGGACUUGAGUGAUGAACUGGAGCGAGCAAUCUCCCGCCUAGAACAAGAGGUGGAUUUAAUCUUUGAGUACAGGGAAAGCAGCAACUAUGCCUAUGCAGUUCAAGUUAUGUCAAGGCAGCUGUCUGAAGUGAUAGCAAUUAGGGACUACAUUUAUCAACAUAACCUUAGUGUUAGUGAGUAUGUGAACAUGGUGCCUCAUACGGCAACCAUAAACUAUGGCAACACUGAAUCAGACUUGGACCACAACUAUAGGCAGUUGGCGGCCCUUUUGGAGAAGCUGAUCAGGGCGCCUGUGAAAGAUUUUGGGAAGAUGGCACACAUCACAGUAGUCCUGAAGAGCAUCGCAGACAUGAGGCAGGUGGCUGCAGAACGCACAUCAUCCACCCUUCACAUUCUCACCUACCAGAUGCAGUUCAACAGUAAGAAGAGGAGGCUCUUAGAGGAUGUCGAGAUGGUCCUGAAUUCACAUAAACUGAAGAAUCCUCUGGACCAGCCAGACACAGUCCAGAGGGGCACACCUGUAACUGUCACUCCAGGGUACAAGCAUCUUAGUGAAGCCUUCGCUGGCAAGAGAAAAAGGCAGCGUUCUAAAUCUCCAUUGGUUCCAAAUCGAGGAGAACUUGGGGUAGACAGUGCUCCUAAAGAAGUAUGAUUGUAACCAAUACGAAGAGUCCAAAGUGUGGAAAAUCCUCCUACACAUCCCUGUCUUCUGUGUGCAUUUUCUGACCUCUGAUUAAAGUGGAAUGACAUGUGUUGAUAUAAAAUUAAAUUGAAAUUUCCAUUUUUUAAAUAAAUCAAGAAAUAGAAAACAGUACGAUGAAUUCAUACCAAUGAAUUUAUAUUUGAACCAGGAUUUGUUUGUAUCUUAUUGUCAGCAGCUUGGUACUUACAAGUUAUUUUAAGUCAGGAUACAAUUAAUAGAGAAAGUACCUUGUAAAUUCAUUCAUAUUUACACAUUUGUAAAAAUAAAUGGGAAGAUUCAAGGUAUUUGGAAAAGGCAGAAAGUAAGUGGUAGCAGGACAAAAUAAAUGAUCAAGUGAAUUAUGACGAGCAUGUUUUAAAAAUAAGUUCAAAUAAAAGCCCAGCAAAUGCAGGCUUUAAAUUUUCCAUUGGUCUUACUGGGGGUGGGGGGGAUUAAAAUGUGUGAAGAACAAUGACUUGGAGUUGAUACAAGUUGAGAGCAGUACAAAAUAUUCUCAACCUUGAGAGCAUUUAAUCUCUGAAAAAUUAACUGGUGUUAGUUGAAUGGAUUUUUGGUACAUUUGUGGUAGUUUAAUUGUAUAAUGCUUUAUUUGAAAAAUAAAAAAAGCAAAAAUGAACUAAAGUUUA